AUGGACUGGUGUGUCACCCCAAACCCCAGCAACCCCUUCAGGGGUGUCCAGGCCUGGUCUCGGGGUGCCAGUGUCAAGCCGAAGGCCGAGGGCCCGGCGGGCCCUGCCCCCAGCGCGGCGGAGCGCGACCCGCCCCCUGCAGUUCCUGUCACACGGGGGGAGAGGAGAGCGUGUGGGCGAGAGCCGUGGCUCUUUUUUUCAACCUCCAGGGCACAGGAUGCAACUGACCUCCUGGCUGAGGACCUCGUGCUGGUGGAGCAGAGGGUGGAGCCAGCCAAGAAGGCCUUCCAGAUCCUUUCCAAGAAGCUGACUGGCUGCUUGCAGAGCCAGCCGGGACCGGACAUGGAUAAGCGUCUGAAAAAGAUCCCUCUGAUGAUGCUGUCUGUCAGCAUGGCGGAGAGCUUUAAGGACUUCGACGGGGAUUCAAGUAUAAGGAGGGUGCUGGAGAUGUGCUGCUUCACUGAGAACAGGCUGGCCAGGAUGCUGGCCGAUUUCGAGGUCCAGAUGGAGAAGGAGGUGCUGGAACCCCUGAAUAAACUCAGUGAGGAGGACCUGCCUGCUAUCCUGAGGAACAAGAAACAGUUUGCCAAGCUGACCACUGACUGGAACACUGCCCGCAACAGGCAGACUCAGGGCAGCUCCGGUGCCCAGGCGAAGCAGGAGGGGCUGAGGGAAGAGGUGGAAGAUGCCUGGAGGAAGCUGGAGAUAAUCAAAGACCAGUACUCCGCCGAUCUCUACCACUUCGCCACCAAGGAGGAUGACUACGCCAGCUACUUCACCCGGCUCCUGGAACUGCAGGCCGAAUACCACAAGCAGUCCUUCAGCAUUCUGGAGCCCAUGAUAUCAGAGCUGAAGGAGAACAAUCACCACACUGUGCCUUCGAUGAGCAGUGGCCGAGCGAAGUGUCUGUCGGCGAUGUGUUGUCCGUGUGUCGGCGAUGUCCAGGGUCUGUUCCGGUUGGCGGCAGCAGCCUCAGUGGUGAAGAAGCUGAAGUCCAGUCUGGACAGUGGGAAUGCUGACCACAGCGAGUUCUGCACUGACCCCCACGCAGUGGCAGGUGCUCUGAAGUCCUACCUGAGGGAGCUGCCGCAGCCUCUGAUGACCUUUGAACUCUACAGUGAUUGGUUCGAGGCAGCUGGGGAGAAGAACGUUUCUGUCAGGCUCGACAGGCUCAGAGAGGUGUGUGGCAGACUGCCCCCCGAGAACUACAACAACCUGCGGUACCUGGUGAAGUUCCUGGCCAAGCUGGCCGAGCACCAGGAGGUCAACAAGAUGACCCCCAGCAACAUCGCCAUCGUGCUGGGGCCCAACCUGCUGUGGCCCCGCAGCGAGGGGUAGGGCAGCCCUCUGUCAGUGUGUGUGCGUGA